AAGGGCGCUGCCUCUUUGCCCAGCCUUGGGGCCGAAGUCCGGGCUCCCAGCAGCGGUGGCGGUGGGGAUGCAGCUCCCCGCCGUGCCGGGCGCGCUCGCCCCUUCCCUGCUCGCCUUCCCCUUGGCUUUUGGUGUCAGCGGCUUGGUGGCACUGGCAGACAGCCCCCUGGUGCUGACGGUUGUGCUGGUGCUCGCCGGCCUGGUUUCCAUCACCUACUUCCUACGAGCAGGGAGCUACUUCCAGGACCCCCUGUUCUGCGUGUUCGUGGCGUUCUCCUUCACCUCUGCCGUCGACCUGAUCAUCUCCCUGGAGGAGGAUGGCUUCGUUUCGGGCUUCGCAGAGGUCUACGUGAGGGAGGGCGAGCCGUACCUGCGCACGGCGCACGGCAUCAUGAUCUGUUACUGGGACGGCCUCGUCCACUACGGGCUCUACCUCGCCAUGAUCACAGCCAUGAGCCAGCGGAAGAGCUACAGGAGCCUGGGGCUCUUCUGGCUGGGCUCUCUGAUGAUGAGCAUCGUGGUUUUCCUGCUCGGGAACCUGAUAGGCAAGUACAGCUCCGACAUCAGCCCUGCCUUCCUGCUCAACGUGCCCUACGUCCUCAUCCCCAUCUGGGCUGGGGUGAAGCUCUUCCAGCAGCCCCGGGCUCUGCCGUGUCUCACGGCGGAGCAGGUUGCAGAGGAGCAGCGCAAGUGGCUCCACCAGCGGCCCCAGGACGUGGUGCUGGUCCUGCUCUUGGUCCUGGUGGCUGCCUUCACCUUCUUCAGGGGCAUGGUGAUUUUGGACUGUCCUGCUGAUUCCUGCUUCGAGUACAUCUACCAGCACGAGCCCUACCUGCGCGACCCCGUUGCCUACCCCAAAGUGCAGAUGCUGCUCUAUUUGUUCUACGUCCUCCCCUUCUUCUGCCUCUGCAUUUAUGGGCUGCUGCGCCCGGGCUGCUCCUGGAUGCCCGACUGGAGCCUGGUGUUCGCCGGAGCCGUGGCGCAGGCUCAGUUCUCCCACCUGGGCUCCUCGCUGCACUCCCGCACGCCCUUCCCCUACCAGACCCCCGAAGACGUCUGGUGGAGCUUCCUCGUCACCAACGUCCUCUACGCCUUGGGGCCGCAGCUCCUGGCCCUCCGCUGCCUGCGCCGCCCCGCGUUCUUCCUGCCCAGCGCCCCCACCAGCAUGGGCAAGAAGUACCAGUGAGGGGGGGGCUGCCCCCCCCCAAAAAAAACCACCUGCAGUGGGGCCGAGCUGGCAGAGGUGUCCCCAGGGAUGCUCCAGUCCCCGUCCCCCCACACCCCAAUGUCCCCAGGGGGUGCUGGCGGGGGGACCUGGUGCACCCUGCGGGGACAUGGGUGCAGCUGGGGGGGGCUGGGGGGUGUCGCGAGGCCCCCGGCCCACCCGGAUGCUCGCAGGAAGGAUGGGACCACGCCAGGGAAAAAAAUGUUUACAAAAUAAAGGAGUUUGGGUCCGGCUUUGUAACCCCGCUGCCUGCA